GCGCUGGCAUGUCGAUGAUGGCGGACCACGGCGGCGGUGGCGGCCCCGUGCUUUGCUCCAUCUCGGUGGUCUCCUGCCUGCUGCUGGCUUGCGGUUACGUGGGGAGCCUGUACGUGUGGAGGAGCCAGUUGCCCAGGGAUCAUCCCACUGUGAUUAAACGCCGGUUCACAAGCGUCUUGAUUGUCUCGAUGCUAUCUCCAUUAUGGCUCUGGACCUGGCGGCAAUACACUGGUUUCAAGGUCCAUCGCUGCUGGUGCUAAUGGGGGUUCAUUUGGAGGGGAUCUUUGCUGCUGCCUGCCUUCCACUCUUGCUGACCAUGGUGCUGUUCUUCGGGCCAUUGAUUCAGCUGGUCAUGGACUAUCCAUGGGAUUUCCUCGAAGGGAUGAAGAUGUUUUUAGACCCACAGUUUUGGGCGCAGUGUCUGGCAGACAUGCGUUGGAUGAGGAAUCAGGUGGUGGCUCCUCUGACGGAAGAACUGGUGUUCCGGGCGUGUAUGCUGCCAAUGCUGGUGCCCUGCACUGGCCUUAGCCGUGCCAUCAUAACCUGCCCGCUUUUCUUUGGAGUUGCUCAUUUUCACCACGUGAUCGAGCUCCUGAAGUUCAGACAAGGAACAGUCGUGGGGAUCUUCCUCUCGGCAGUUUUCCAGUUUUCCUACACUGCGGUGUUCGGAGCAUACACGGCAUUUAUUUUCAUCAGGACAGGUCACCUGAUUGGUCCAGUGCUGUGCCACUCGUUCUGUAACUACAUGGGAUUCCCGGCUAUUGGAGCUGCUCUGGAGCACCCUCAUAAAGUCACCAUUUUCUUCUUCUAUCUACUGGGUGUCAUCCUCUUCUUCCUGCUGCUGUUUCCCAUGACGGAUCCCACGUUCUACGGGAGUCUUGCCAUUUGUCACUUGACCAAGCCAGACACCAGCACUUCAGUCUGCACCUGACCCCAGCGGUGGACUUCUAGUCACAUCCUCUCUCUCUAAUAUUCAGGGAACUCUCCAUCCGGGAGCCGAUGAGCGGAUUGGGAAACGUCUCAGGAAUUGGGAGUCUUGUUUGCGAAUCUGGGAUGGCACGGAGGAAAAGAAAUAAUCCCAAUCAGGAUUGGUACUUGAAACUUUCGGAUACUUUAGGAAUUUCCUUUCUUGGCUGUAAAGCGAAAGAACAGAAAAGGCCUCCGUUUGAAACACUUAAAUCCACCCCCACCAUCCCUCGUGGGACAAAGUGUUUAUACAGAGGUGAUGUUUUCCACACAAACCCCACCCCCCAACCAACCCAGGCUGCAUCACAUUUAAGAAGGCCCAGGCUUUCAGCCAGCUCUUGUUUCUAAAUCAUGGUUCAUUUUCCAUCCAUUUCUCAACCUAAAAGCUCCAAUGUGAUGCUCAAUUUGUUGCCUGCCCUUCCACCCCCCGCCACCCUGUCCCUAUAUCUCUACACGGCCGAGUCACUGUGUCAAGAUUCUUACUUGCUCAACCCGCACACCCCCGCCCCCGUGUACAUAAUGUGGAGAAUUCCGGAAUUUGGGACAGUAUUCCGGACUUUGAGACUGCUUCCUAUCUGGAGUACAAACCCUGGGUUUAGACUAAUUGGUUGUGAUGUACGUUGCAGCCCUGUUUCUGGCACAAUGUGCACUUUUUUUUUUGCAGUGUGGUUUGUGCUGGGUCUUAGCCCAGCUGCCACCUUAAGGCAGAGGGACCUGUCCACAUUGGCAGGACGUUGCCUCCCUGUCUGACCCUUGAGGCUGGUGGAGUGGAGGGGGGGUAGUGGGCACGUCUCGAUGGAGAGAGGAGGAGGGGGGAACCCUCUCAAUGGCGAGGUUUGAAGAAAGAUUGGAAAUGCAUUCUGAUGGACUAAAUCGAUGGCCCACCCCCCCCACCCUCAAUCGUUGAAGAGCUUGGGACAUCACUCAGUGAGCCUCUCCGAAUUCUGCCUGUUGUCUAUGUUGUCAUACACCCUUGUUCAUUCUCUCCAGGCAUGUAUCAACCCUUGUUUUUGUCUCUGGGAGUCAUGUAGGUUUGUACUCGGGAGCCUCAGGGAUUGGUUGGAGGGUGUGUGGGGAGACCUCUUUAAACUUAAACCUGUGCUUCUAUUAAUUUUGGAGUUGAUGCAAACAGAUCAUGUUCUGAUUUAGAAAUCAUCCCAUCAGCGAGGCAGUGGGCUGAGAAUGGCCCUUUUCAAUGGCCUCCAGAUCAAAGGAAGCUCAAACCAGAACAAACCAGCCCACAGGAAAUUAGUGCAACUAGAAACAGUGUUGGUUGGAUGUCAUAGGCUGGAUUCUGAAGGCCAUACAUGACCCAUGGGGCUGAGUUUUGUGCACAUCUAAGCCAGUUCACACAGCAAUUGCAGCCCCUCCACCUCCAACUGGCUUUGACUGCUUUGGAGAAUUGAGUGUUUAUUUAAAAUGAAACAUCACACCCGCACUUUCGUACUCAAACCGGGAACUUACAGGCCGCACAGAGUUGCUAUUCAGCAGCCGAGGUCAGUGUGGGGGUGGUGGGGAACCAUUGCAUGAGGGUGCAGAGCAGUCAGGUGGGAGAGUGGCCCUGUGCUUCCUUCCUUGAAAUCUGCAUGAAGAAAGUGAGCGUCUUUCCAGUCUCAGCAAGUUUAAUGAGGGACGAAUUGAAAGGCAAAUUAAGAGAGCUUUUUACACAACUAAAUCAGUUCUGAACCAGUACAACUUACACUGGCACUGUAGGGAGCAUUAUUACAGUCUGAUAAGCUCAUUGGCCAGGCUUGUUCCUUUGGAAAGGUAGAGCUUUAACAGAUGAGGCCUGGUGCAUUGAAACAUCACCUCAGUUGUUAGGUUUUGUUCAGUCACUUCUUGUUAUUUUGCGUGUGGGGGAGAGGUGCAAUUGUCUGUUACAGUUGAGUAGUUGAACGUUUCAUCAACUUGGUCACAAAGGCAGCUUUGCAACGUUAUGGCAAAGUAUACGGAUGAGAGAGGCUACUUGGCCCAUCCUAAUUCCGGAUGACUGUGGGGAAAGCCUACAUCAGCUGUUCACCCUCCUCACUGCUGUCGUUGUAUUCAGCUGUUUCUUAAAUAAUUCCAUGGUUUAAACAGAUUCACUGCCUCACUAAGUUAAAUUAGCCACAGCCUCUUUUUCAGCACGGGAAAUGUGCCACUCCAAACCCCGUCAGAUGAGGGAAGAAUUGGUGGGCGUGGGGAACUGCAGCGCUGUGCAGAAGAGGUAAAGCAGCAGGCCCCGCAGCCAGGCUACAGAUUGACAGCUGUGAGAAGUUGCAGCAGUCCUUUCUUAGUGGGUGUUACAGCCCUGCUCCCGCCGUUUUCCUCCAAGAAUCUUUGGAUGGCAAACAUGAGCAGGAAGUGUAUUUGCCUGCCCUUUUGAUCUGAGCAGAGCUACCCAUUUGUAGCACCCGCAUUGAUGCACCCACUCCUGCCAAGUAUCUCAGCAUGGGACAGGAAUAAACUUUGACCUGUAUAGUUCAGCCCUCACCCCACACAGGAAGGGUUGGGGGUGAGGGGGAGGAGGGGGAUGGGGACUAGCACCUCACCCGGUGAACCAAGGGCAGGCUGAUCUCUGGAACUUUCUCUCUAUUCAAAGGGGACAAAUGAAUGUCACAUUAAUUCUCUCUCAGAAGAUUGUAUGGUGUGGUGGGGGAGGUGUGCAGGGGGACCAAGAUGCUUAUUUAUAUUUGCCAUCUAAGCCACUAAGGUAAGUGUACCGGGAGCAUUCCCUGUUUUAUUAUUUGCUUUAAAACAAGAGGAUAGUGCGAGUGAUUAACUUGUGCCUGAAAUCUUUUUUAAUUUGGGAGAAUUCGAACAGAAUCAUUGACCACUGGUCAUCCAACUGGGCAGAAAGUUUUACCCCACAUCACCCCGAGUCCUGGCAUUAGAAUUACCUCCCCUCCUCUUGGGCAUUUCUCAGACAUCCUUUUGACUCAUGCACUUGUUGCCCUGCGAAUACAAAGUAAGUUGCAAAAAAAAUGACUGGCCUGCCCACACCUCACUGGGUAACGUACCUGGAGUGGUGUGUCACCAGGCUCCCUGAAGCAGUGUUGCCCUCGUGUUCAUGCUGAUUUUUCCAGGGAAAGGCUGCGCAGCUCUAUAAUCUGUCUCUAUAGCUGUCUUGCCUCCCAUCCCCCAUCUAUACAUCCAAAGUGUAGUGACUGGAACCUUGACGGUGCUCACUUUGUCACCAGCGAGUUAACGUUUUGAAUUCUGUCGACGGCGACCUCUCUUUGACCUCACGACUACUGAAAAAAAUAAGUCAAUUUACUUUUGCCGAGGAGUUGGUCCUCUCAGCUAUCCAGGAGUAAAUAUUUUUUCUAACAUAAAACUACAGAAAUGUUUGUAAAUCAAGCAAUAUAUAUUUUCUAAAAGUAACUAUUUUCCUGACGAGAGAUUGUAUUACAAGAAACCGAGAGAGGUUUUAAGAGUUUUACUUGAAACACAAAAUGGAGCUGACAAUCUUGUACUGUAUUACGUAGAAUAUAAAUUUCUGAUUUUAAAGAAACGAGAAGUAAAAUAAACAGAGACUGCUCAU